AUGAAUGCACUGUUUUGCACAAAACACGACGAACUGCACCAUGUACCUGAUCCUCCUGGAAAGCCACUAUUAAUGGGCUUUACAUCACGCUCUGUAAACCUUUCGUGGGCCCCGAGCUUUGACACUCACCACUCGCCGGUUCUUAACUAUAUUAUCCAUACCCGAGUGGGAGAAAACGGUGAAUGGGAUUCAUAUAAUGGGUUCGCGACUCUCGAUAACAAGACCAACCAUUAUGUCGACAAAUUACAGCCCUUUACUGUCUACUCGUUUCGUGUGCUGGCUGUUAAUGCCAUUGGCACGAGUCAGCCGGGAAAGGAGUCCUACUAUAUGGUCACUCUUAGAGAAGGGAAUCGUUGUAAUGAUUGCCUGUUCUCUACCGGAUUCGCAAAUGCCUGGCGGCUAAAGACAGUUGAGAUUUGA